CAAGCCAAAGAAGGAAAUAAUGUGAUGAGUGAAGGUCUAAAUGAGCUGAGCAAGAACGUGUACCUCACUCCUUGACGUUACUUUCUCUCUCUAGAACCACCGCAAAACAUUAGGCUACAUUCAAGCUGCUCUUGUAGUUCUGGGUUUUUCUUGCUACUGAUUGUACUACUUCCUUCUCAGAUAAUUUGAUGAAAUAGUGUUGAACAGCAUGAGAAGUUUGAUGUCAAUUAGCUGAUUCAUUCUAUUGCCAAGCAUGGAACAAACAGGCUGCCCCACAAACCCUGAAAAAUGUGGGGAUUAUACGCUUAUUGAAGAUGGAGAGGAGCACUUGUUAGGAUUGUAUGAUAAACCUCUCCCAUGCUUUGGCUGUGGUAUUGGCUGGUUUUCUUUUUUGCUUGGUUUCAUAAUCCCGUUGAUGUGGUACUAUGCUACAAUCCUUUACUUCAGAAAUUACUAUCGCAAGGAUCCUAGGGAAAGGACUGGAUUGGCCACUUGCGCAAUAGCAGCUCUGGUAUUUACAGUUGUGGCGCUGAUUAUCGUGGCUGUGAUUCUUCUGUAGCACUGGUUGAAACCUAAAAGCUCUAUAAAAUUAGUUCCUUGUAUAUCUACCUUUCCCCAAUUUUAUACACACGCAAAAUCGGAUAGGAGAUCUUUUGGGAAAGAGCUUGGUAAAGAACUUUUCAGGCAACUGUAAGUUCCUACUGUUUGUGCAAAAAUACUUGUAUAGUUGUGGACAUAUAAUAUGACGUUGUUGUGAAGUGUGAAAACAGUAGCCACGUUAUGAAAUGAUGUUUAAGUGACGUGUCCUUUUGAGAUGAUUUACAUUCAGCCCAGAUUUGCUGUUGUGUCAUUCUCUCAUGGUUGUAGUUGCUGUAUUGUGGAAUUAUGGUGUUGCAUCAUGCUUUAUGUUCUGAUACCAUUACCAUUAGAGGUCAAUGUUAUCGAGUGUUAUCUUUA